AUGCUUUUUGGUAUCACACUACGGUCACUCUUGCAAAUGCAACUUAAAAUUGUAAUAGAAAACGCGAAUUAUGUGAGUGAAUCAUUCGUUUGUUGUAAAAUUGCAACCAGGAGGGUAAAUCAAAGGGUUGGACGCCCCACCUCCAUUGCCGCGCUCCGUUUAAAUUAAUCUAAUCUCGGCGAGCGCUGGCAUUGCGACGACUGCGCUGCCUUCGCGUACAUAUUUUUAACCCAGCCAAGCCGGGUGGCAGCCAGAUCCGUCAGUAAACACUCGCCCGAAGACGCCGCCGGACGUCGCGAUCUCUACAGCCAGAUUCGAGCCAGUGUAUAGCCCCCAAAAAACAAACACUAUGGUGGCCCCCUCGAAGCUCAGCCAAGUGCUGAGCUACCAAAACUUUGUGCACGCCGUCUCCGGAGCCGCGGGCGGCUGCAUUGCCAUGAGCACCUUCUAUCCGCUGGACACGGUGCGUUCCCGCCUGCAGUUGGAGGAAGCCGGCAAGGUGCGCAGCACCAAGCAGGUGAUCAAGGAGAUCGUCCUAGGCGAGGGCUUCCAGUCCCUAUACCGCGGCUUAGGACCCGUCCUCCAGAGCCUGUGCAUCUCGAACUUUGUCUACUUUUACACAUUCCACGCGCUAAAGGCUGUGGCUUCAGGCGGCUCUCCUGCCCAGCACAGCGCCUUGAAGGAUCUACUCCUAGGCAGCAUUGCCGGGAUAAUCAAUGUGCUGACCACCACACCCUUUUGGGUGGUCAACACGCGUCUGCGCAUGCGCAAUGUGCCCGGCACUUCCGACGAGGUUAACAAGCACUACAAGAGCCUACUGGAGGGUCUCAAGUAUGUGGCCAAGACGGAGGGCAUCGCCGGGCUUUGGUCGGGCACGAUUCCCUCUCUGAUGCUGGUCUCCAAUCCCGCCCUGCAGUUCAUGAUGUAUGAGCUGCUCAAGCGCAAUUUAAUGCGGUUUAAUGGCGGUGAAAUGGGCAGCCUGAGUUUCUUCUUUAUUGGAGCAAUUGCCAAGGCCUUUGCCACGGUGCUAACGUAUCCACUGCAGCUGGUGCAGACCAAGCAGCGACAUCGCAGUAAGGAGGCGGAAACGAAGCCAUCGACCUCGUCUAAAGCCAAGACGCCCAGUACGCUGGAGCUAAUGAUUAGCAUACUGCAGCACCAGGGCAUUCGGGGUCUGUUCCGCGGCCUGGAGGCCAAGAUCCUGCAAACCGUGCUCACUGCCGCCCUGAUGUUCAUGGCCUACGAGAAGAUUGCCGGCACCGUGGGCAUGCUGCUCAAGCGCAACUGAUGAGAAGAGGCUUUUACUCUAGUAUACCCGUAGUUUUAAAUACCUAACGUAACUGUAAGCCGCAAUGCAUCACAGCCUGUCUAAGGAUCUAAGGCCAGCACAGAACACAAAACGAAAACACUCCAAAGGUAGCCGCUAAGCUUGGAUGGAAUAAAGGAAAGGAUAAUGCUUAACAAAAGCAAAAAAUAAUAA